AUGCCGCGCGAAGUCCUUGUUUCGAUCGCACCUGACGCCGACUGCGUGGCGGGCUGGCUGGGCUCAUACGGCGGAGAAGACAGCCCCAACGACAUAUCGCGCGGCGCCUUCGCAGCCGAGGUGGGCCUGCCGCGCCUGCUCAAGCUGUUCAAGAAGCACGGCAUCACCACGACGUUCUUCAUCCCGGGUCACACGCUCGAGUCGUUUCCGAAGGAGUGCGAGGCGAUCCGCGAUGCUGGGCACGAGAUCGGCCUGCAUGGCUACUCGCACGAGAACCCGACGGCCAUGAGCGUUGAGCAACAGCGCGCGGUGCUCGACAAGACUUACAAGCAGCUCUCCGAGUUCACCGGCAAGCCCAUCGUCGGCAGCGUGGCGCCGUGGUGGGAGACGAGCAAGGAGGGCGUCGAGAUGCUUCUGGAGUACGGUGCACCGCUUACAACCCACCCGCAGAGCCACGACUGCCGCAUGUUCUACCUCAGGGACCAGGACUACUGGACGAAGAUCGACUAUGACAAAGCCGCAGAGGAGUGGAUGAAGCCAAUGAUCAAGGGCAAGGAGACAGGCCUCGUCGAGAUCCCGGCCUCCUGGUAUCUGGACGAUCUGCCGCCGAUGAUGUUCAUCAAGAAGGCUCCAAACAGCCACGGCUGGGUGACACCGCAGGCCGUCGAGCAGAUCUGGAAGGACACCUUCACGUGGAUCUACGAGAACGAAGCCGACGAUGACGACGAGGUCACCGUGUACCCGCUCACCAUCCAUCCGGACGUCGCCGGGCGCGCACACGUGAUGCUGAUGCUCGAUCGCUUCAUCAGCUGGCUCAAGCAGCAUGAAGGCGUGCGCUUCGUGACGAUGCACGAGAUGAGCCUUGCCUUUCGCGCCAAAGCAGGCCCGCCGGCGGCUGGCGCAGUUAUGCCGAAGAGCAUGCAGGGCGCUGCCGCUGAUGCUUAA